AUGGUUCUGACGAAUGUGGGGCCAGGAAAGAGAACCGUGUUUUCACUGCAGAAUAGGUCCUGCCAGACUCUCAUUGGACUUCACGCGUUCUCUGAAGUGCUUCUCUUGAACCCUUUCGCUCCGUUGAUCCGUCCACUCGGCCGUUGGUCAGCUCUACUCCGGACCGGUCGGCACCGGACCCGGACGGGGCCUCCGGGCCCGCCGUCCGCGCCGCCGAUGUCCUUCGGUCCGUUGGACAGUUCGGGGCCCAUGGGCCGACCGUCGCCCUAUGGGCCGCCGGACAUGGAGGGCGCCAACCCACGGCCGGGACCUCCGCCGGGGGGGCCCGGACCCCCUGGACCUGGUGGACCUUCAGGACAGGUCUGUCAGUUCUUCUCCAAGUCUGGCUGGUGCAAGUGGGGUGAGGGCUGUCGCCACGCGCAUGUGGCGGGACCAGACACUCCCAGCAACAGCGGGCCCAUCGGUCCCAAGACAGGUGAAGUUUGUCAGUUCUUCGCAAAGAGUGGAUGGUGUCGGUAUGGCGACUCCUGCCGGCACGAGCACAUCGCGGGCUUGAGCGACCCCUCGCCCAGCGAACCCUGUAAGUUCUUUUCCAAGGCUGGCUGGUGCCAAUAUGGCGAGAACUGCAGGUAUCAGCACGUUCCUGGUCCUGACACACCCAUGAGCGGCUGUGGUGGCUGUGGGCCCAUGGGCGGCUGUGGGCCCAUGGGCGGCUGUGGGCCUAUGGGCGGCUGUGGGCCUAUGGGCGGACCCAAGGGUGGUGGUCCGAAAGGUGGCUGCGGCCCCAAAGGUGGCUGUGGCAAAGGACCUGGAGGACCCGGAUAUUAUGACGACUACGGCGGCAAUGGCUGGGGGGGACCCGGAAGUGGACCCGGACCUGCGGGACAGAAGGAAGGCGAGCCAUGCCAGUUCUGGAGCAAGAACGGCUGGUGCAAGUACGAGGACAACUGCAAAUACGCCCACAGCGGCGGUCCUUCCCCCGGCUUCACGGCGAACGUGAACCCGCCGCCGCCGCCGGAGAAGCGGGAGUUGACGGCGCAGGAGGAGGAGACGGCUGCAGAGGCUUUGCUGAGCACCCCUGGCAUGGCCAAGGCGGAGGGCGUGGGGCUCAUCCUCUCGGAGGACGCGAUCCGCGCGGUGCUGGGGAUCCCCACGAUGCACGCCUCGGAGCUGCUCGAAAGCGUGUCGGGCAAAGUGGACAGCCUACGAGAUCCGUCCAACUACAUCGUCUCCACCAUCAACAAAGGCUUUGUUCCCAAGCAGCAGUACUAG